CAAAUCUUUUAAAGCAAAAAGGAACGCUUUUUAUUUUUAAUAAUCGAAACUUGGGUCAGAGACGGUGAAGAUGAGCUUCGUCAAGUAUCUCCGCCGAGACAAUUUGCUCCAGUUAGCUGGAAAACCAUCUCUUAGCCGAAAUUACAUACUCCAGACCUGUCGGACUCUCAUCAUUGAAACCUCUCCACCUGAAUUUGUCAAGCUUAAUCGUCUAUCUGGUUCCGAUUCCGGUAUAAUCGAGGUCAAUCUAGAUAGGCCUGUCACCAAAAAUGCUAUUAAUAAGGAGAUGUUGAAAAGUCUCCAGAACGCAUUUGAGUCCAUACAUCAAGAUAAUUCCGCUAGGGUUGUGAUGAUCAGAAGUCUGGUUCCAGGAGUUUUCUGUGCAGGUGCAGAUCUUAAGGAACGUAGAACUAUGAGUCCAUCUGAGGUUCACACAUAUGUCAACUCGUUGCGCUACAUGUUCUCGUUCAUUGAGGCACUAAGUAUCCCAACUAUUGCUGCAAUAGAAGGUGCAGCACUGGGAGGUGGACUCGAAAUGGCUCUAGCUUGUGAUCUUCGAAUCUGUGGCGAAAAUGCGGUAUUUGGCUUGCCUGAAACAGGACUCGCUAUAAUCCCUGGAGCUGGUGGGACACAGAGGCUCUCAAGGCUGGUUGGGAGAUCGGUAUCAAAGGAACUUAUAUUUACAGGUCGAAAGAUUGAUGCAAUAGAAGCUGCAAAUAAAGGGCUUGUGAACAUUUGUGUUACGGCAGGUGAGGCUCAUGAGAAAGCAAUUGAAAUGGCACAGCAGAUAAACGAAAAAGGUCCAUUAGCUAUAAAGAUGGCGAAGAAAGCGAUUGAUGAAGGAAUUGAAACAAAUAUGGCUUCAGGUUUGGAAGUAGAAGAGAUGUGUUAUCAGAAGCUUCUUAAUACUCAAGAUCGUCUUGAAGGAUUAGCUGCUUUUGCUGAGAAGCGUAAGCCUCUGUACACUGGCAAUUGAAAACCUUAUAAGAGAAAGAAUCAUUAGUGUCCUAUCAAUUUAGUUUCAAUAAAUAUUGAGUUGGAUAUUAAUAACCGGAAUGGUCUAAGCAAGGAAAAAAAAACAUCUAAAUGUCACUGUUUGUGUUUGUGCGUUCAUAGUCUUGAUGUCAAAUUAUGUGACUCUCUAAUCAAAAAGGAAAUAAGGAAAGAGGAAGAGCAGAAGCUAGAAUCGCAUUGGUUAAA